AUGCAUAGAUUUUUUAAAAGAAAAACUCCAGAACCAGAAGAACAAAAUAUUGGAGAUGUUACCGUUGGAGAAUUUGAUUUUUCACAAUUACCAGUAGAUCCUGGACUAAGGAUUCCAAUUUGUUCUUAUAAUGCUAACAUUAGGGAUCAAGUUCGAAGGAUAUAUUUGCAAAAGGGCCCAUUCCAACCUUCAGGUUAUGAAUUCCCAAAACGAAAAUUUGGAGUAAGCCAAUUUAGACGGUUUAAUCCUUCAUGGUUUAAGGAAUUUGGUGAUUGGUUGGAAUAUAGUAUAGAAAAAGAUGCGGCGUAUUGUUUGUAUUGUUAUCUCUUCAAGACAACUAAGGGAAAACAAGCAAGAGGAGAGACUUUUGUUAGCGAAGGAUUCACAAAUUGGAAGGGUGCUCAUAAUAAAGAGAUUAAUGAUGUGAUAUUGAAAAAUGCUCCUAAAAAUUGCAAGUUAGCAUCACCGGAUAUUCAGAAGGAUAUAGUAAGGGCCUGUGCAUCUGAAACAAUUAAUGUUAUUAUCAAAGAUAUUGGUAAUUCAUUAUUCUCUAUUUUAGUUGAUAAAUCUUGUGAUGUGUCAAUGAAGGAGCAAAUGUCAGUUGUUUUGCGCUAUGUGGAUAGUAGUGGGCAUGUAAAUGAGUGUUUUAUUGGAAUUGAACAUGUUACUAGUACUACAACACUCUCACUUAAAGCUGCUAUUGAUAAGAUGUUCUCUAAAUAUAAUUUGAGCAUAGCUAAUGUGAGAGGACAGGGUUUUGAUGGAACAAGUAAUAUGCAAGGUAAAUUUAAUGGUCUCAAAGCACUCAUUUUAAAGGAGAACCCAUGUGCAUUUUACAUACAUUGUUUUGCCCAUCAGCUUCAACUAGCUCUUAUAGCUGUGGCCAAGAAAAAUCUUCCGAUUUCUAAUUUCUUUCGUAUUGUUGGUGAUGUGGUAAAUGUUGUUGGAUCAUCUUGCAAACGUUCUGAUCUUCUUAAGGAGAAACAUUCAGAUUUUAUUGUUGAGGCACUAGAGAGGGAUGAAAUUUCAAGUGGUCGAGGACUUAAUCAAGAAACUACCCUUCAACGUGCUGGGGAUACACGUUGGGGGUCACAUUACAAUUCUUUGAUCAGUUUGAUUUCUAUGUUCUCUGCUGUCAGUGAUGUGCUUGAAGUGAUUUCAGAAGAUGAUUCUAGUUCUCCUGAUCAAAAAACUGAGGCAUUUAAUUUAUUGGAGUCAAUACUUUCAUUUGAUUUUGCAUUCAAUCUACACUUGAUGAAACAUGUCUUAGGAAUUUCGAGUGAAUUGUCGACGACAUUACAAAAGAAAGAUCAGGAUAUUGUAAAUGCAAUGGAUUUAGUACAAAAAAAAUUGUUGCAACUAGCUGAGUUUUAUCCACAAGAUUUCUCAAGAUUUGAUCUUCUCGUACUUGAUGAUCAACUUGAAACUUAUAUAUGUGAUAUGCGUUCUAACAAAACAUUUCAAGGAUUGAAAGACCUCAGUGAUCUUUCAGAGAAGUUAGUUAUGUCAAAGAAAAAUUUCAAUGUGGAUGAUGCUGGCUUGAUAUUUGAAAAUUAUGAACUUUUGAGUGCAUCUCAUAGCCAAGAAUCUGUUUGA